GGAGGAUGUAGUGAAGGGCCAUGUUUACUGCAUCAUCUGCAGACCUGUUGGCUCUGUAGUCGAACUGCAGGGGGUCCAGGAGUGAGUCUGUGAUUGAUUUAAGGUGGGUGCACCUGGAUGGUAGGUGCACCUGGAUGAUGUAAAUAUGGUAAUAUACAUUUUAAGAAUUAAGAUCAAUAAAAUUGCACAUGUUAACACAGAAUUGCAGACAUAGUUUCUUGUAACUAGUUUAAGCAGCAGUUCGAUUUUGCGUCUUGACCAUAACACUGACGCUUAUGAGUUUGAUUGUAAAAGACAGUAAUCACACUGUUUCAACAUGUCACUAGGAUGCUUCAGUACUUGUUAUAGACAGCAGCUGUGACGGUUUGGGGUUUUUGUAUUUUCCUGUUUCCUGUGCUUCCUGUUUUAUUUUGAAGGCUCCCGUCUGUCAUUGUUUUCUUGCCUAGCUUUGUUUCCUGUCUGUGUCUUCCCUUCGAUUACCUGGAGCGUCUGACCUGUUUGUACCCUCCCUGUUCGUGUGUUUGUCUGUAUUUAUUGUCCUCAUUUCUGUUCAAUCUUUGUCAGCUGUGAUCAUGUAAUGGCAUGUGUUUCCCUGCUCUGUUCAUCUGCCUGCAGCCUUUCAUUCACUGUCUGUAUGUUCGUGGAGUCAUACUCAUCCCUGUUUGGAUAUUUGUUUGUUCUGUGUUUUUUGGAUUUGGACUUUACAUUUGCUUUUUGGAUUUUUGUUUCUGUUUGGAGUCACAGUUUUAAGUUGGAUUAUGACAUUUUGAGUUCUGGGCAUUUCCAAAGAGCACUGCUGAUUGCAUUAUCCACUCCCCCUACCUCUUCCUCUCACCGUGCUGCUUCCUUGUCCUACCUGAGACCAUGGAGGAGGCCACCAAGGUUACAGAAACCCCAUGGGCCCCCCCCCCUCUCCUGGAACGGCAGGUUCGCCAGCGACAGCCCACAGUUUCAGUCCUCAAAUCCAAGCUGAAGCAGAGUGUGACCUGCUCCGUGCCCAAAGUCCGAUCCACCCUGACUGGGUUCUUCCCUGUGGUACACUGGCUGCCUAAAUACAAGCUCCGAGAAUACAUCUGGGGCGAUGCUAUGUCCGGGGUGAUCGUUGGUAUUGUCUUGAUACCGCAGGCCAUCGCCUACUGCCUGCUGGCAGGAGUGCAGCCCAUCUAUGGUUUAUACACCUCAUUUUACGCCAACAUCAUAUACUUCCUCAUGGGGACGUCGAGACAUGUCUCUGUGGGGAUCUUCAGCCUCAUGAGCCUUAUGGUUGGACAGGUGGUGGAUAAGGAGAUGUUCCUGGCGGGUUUUGACCUCAAUGAAGAUUCCAAAACAUCUGGACCGGAUGUGUUUAAUGCCACAUUGGACACUAAUCUCACAGCGGGUAAACUUCACAGUGUGGAGCUAAUGGGUCUGCAGUGCGGGAGGGAGUGUUACUCCAUUAGCGUUGCUGCUGCCCUCACAUUCCUGGCAGGCCUCUACCAGGUGCUCAUGGCUGUGUUUCGGCUAGGCUUCGUCUCUGUGUACCUUUCUGCUCCUAUGCUAGAUGGUUUUGCCACAGGAGCCUCUUUCACCAUUCUGACCGUGCAGGCUAAAUACCUUUUGGGUCUAAAGAUUCCCCGUCACCAGGGCUAUGGCACAGUUGUUGUUACCUGGAUCAACAUUUUCGCAAACAUUCAGAAGACCAACUUGUGUGACCUCAUCACUAGCGCCAUCUGUAUCUCUAUUUUAGUGGCAGGGAAAGAGAUCCAGGAGCGCUACAAGGAUCGUCUAAAGAUCCCCCUGCCAACUGAGCUGAUAGUAGUGGCAGGAGCGACACUUGCCAGCCAUUUCGGGGAACUUAACAGCCGUUACAGCUCCAGCAUUUCCGGUCACAUCCCCACAGGGUUCAUUCCUCCCCAGGUGCCCAGUUUAAGUCUGAUGCCACGGGUGGCACUGGAUGCCAUUCCUCUGGCUGUCAUUAGUUUUGCCUUCACGGUGUCUCUGUCUGAGAUGUUUGCUAAGAAAAAUGGCUACACAGUUCGUCCCAACCAAGAGAUGCUGGCCAUUGGCUUCUGUAACAUCAUCCCAUCCUUCUUCCACUGUAUGACGACCAGCGCAGCACUGGCAAAAACCUUGGUGAAGGACUCAACAGGCUGCCAGACUCAGCUAUCGAGUCUGAUCAGCGCCCUGGUCGUCCUUCUCGUUCUCCUCUUCUUUGCACCGUUCUUCUAUGCUCUCCAGAAGUGUGUUCUUGCCUGUAUCAUCAUUGUCAGCCUUCGGGGGGCACUGAGGAAGUUCAAGGACAUCCCGGAGAAGUGGCGUACCAGCCGGAAUGACGCCAUUGUUUGGCUGGUCACCAUGUCAGCCACGGCUCUGAUCAGUGUAGAGCUGGGCCUCCUGGUUGGAAUAGUUUUUUCCAUGAUCUGCAUCAUCUUCAAGACCCAGAACCCUAAGGUCUCUCUCCUGGGCCGUGCCAGUGACACUGAUCUUUAUGAGGACAUGGAUGAGUACAAGAACCUCAUGCCACCACCUCGGGUUCACGUCUUCCGCUUCCAGGCUCCCCUGUACUACGCCAACAAUGACUCAUUUCUCAAAUCUCUCUACAAAGCUGUCGGUGUUGAACCUUUCUUGGAGAUGACUAAGAGGAGAAAGGCUGAGAAGAAGGCCAAAGACAUGUCCAUGAAGCAGGCAAAGGCAAAUGGAGAUAAAAACAACAGACAGGUUGUUAUUGGACUGAUCAAAAGAGAACUGGAUUUCCACACGAUAGUUUUAGACUGCUCUGCCAUCCCGUUCAUAGACUCAACAGGCAUGGCCACAUUUAAAGGGCUGGUCAAGGAAUACAAAGAGAUCAGGGUGAGUGUUCUCCUAGCCAACUGUAACACCUCAGUCAUUGAUACCCUGCAGAAGGGACAAUUCUUUGGGAAGAAUGACAAAGACAUGAGCAGCCUGCUGUUUCAUACAGUUCAUGCUGCCGUUCUUCAUGCAAAUAGUCCAUUUGCAGCAGCAGAAAGCAUGUCAGAAAACUCUCUGGUGUAGAGCAGCUGGAUGAAGAAUGUACUAUAGAUAAUGCUGUGGUGUGUUCUAUUUCUUUUGCUUUUCUUUGUAAACCUGAAAGUAAAAUUAGGUGUGCUGUCUUGAAAUCUACAAUACUGCAUUAGGUAGCUUUGAGGAUGCCUUUUAGGAAGCUUUGUCCAUGAAAACAUGGGUGUACCAAGAGGAUCUAAUUAAGAAGAGUAUCCUAUCAAGUAAUUUGCUGAUGGUUUGCACCCUUAAAAAAAAAAGACCAUAGCGAGCAUUCUUUAAAGCAGUUUUCCAGGAUUUUUUAAAACUGGUGCCAACUAGAGAAAGUGAGAAGCCUUCAAAAACCAGGAUCCAUUGCUCACAGUCCCUUCCAAGACCCCUCUCAGGCCACUCCUUCAUGUGUACAGAAGCUGUAGAGGCAUACAUGGCCUUAGGCCCCAUCCACACUACUGUGUUUUCAAAUUAAAACUGAGACCUUUUGCUACGUUUGCACCUCCCGUCCAGACUACAAUGGCGAAAACGAAGACCUAAAACUGAGAAUUUUGGAAAUGCUGUUGACCCCCUUUUGCGUUUUAGUGAAGACGGGCCAAAACGGAGGACUUUAGAAACGAUGGCGCAGCCGCUCACGCUCGGCUCUCUGAUUGGGUCUCAUAAGUCAUGUAAAGCAGAAACACGAUGCUACUGCCCAGGUU